AUGUGCAUCCAGAUCAACACACGGUGCCACCAAGCAAGGCUCCACGACGACAGUCAGGUGCCGAGAGCGCCGCAGAGCGCGUCAUCCAUCAAGUCCGACAGCUCUGGGGCCCGCGAGUUCAUGUCCCUUCCGAGCACGCCAGGAACGCCAGGCACCAUGUCAACGACGAGGACCGACUACGAAGGGCUAGUUCUCGCCUCGCCGGUGACGGUGCCGGAGAGACAAAUGUUUGACAACACGAGGGUGCGGUGCGUUUGGGCGCCGACAAGAGUUGCGACGAGACCCAAGGAGGGCAUGUGUUCCGCGUGCUCGGGGACUGAGAGCGAAGCAGAUAUCGAUGGAUUUUCAAUGAGAAGUAGGGCCCUGGAACCGAUUGCUACCGUGGGUGGUGAACAGGCGCAGACGAUGAUAUGA